AUGAAAAUCAUUUUCAAAGAUUUCAAGAAACAGACCAUUCCAAUUGAGGUGGAAUUGACGGAUACAGUUUCCUCAGCCAAGGAUAAGUUAGCACAAGAAAAGGAUUGUGUCUCUUCACAAAUCAAAUUGGUUUACUCAGGUAAAGUUUUGCAAGAUGACAAAACUUUAGAAGAAUGUAAACUCAAAGAAGGUGCAUCGAUAAUAUUUAUGAUUUCAAAGGCUAAAGAGACCCCAACUCCUGUACCCGGGAGCCUGGUACCAGCUACUGAGGCAACUGCAUCAGCAUCAACCGGAGACUCAACAAAGGUUGAACCAGCUGGAUCAACACCCACAGCACCUGCACCAGCCUCGGAAACAGCCACCAAUGCCGAAGGUGCCACCGCAUCAACCUCAUCUACCGGUCCAGCUGAAACUAGUGAAUCUACCUUUGCAUUGGGCAGUGAAAGAGAAACGACUAUACAAAAUAUUAUGGAGAUGGGCUAUGAACGACCUCAAGUUGAAGCAGCCUUGAGAGCUGCUUUUAACAAUCCGCAUCGUGCUGUUGAGUACUUGAUAAGUGGUAUCCCUGAGUCAUUGCAACGUCCUGCAGCACCAGCUGCAACUGCUUCAGGAAGUGGAGCUGCACCAUUAGCUGAAUCUACCACAGCCGAAGUAUCUCGUGCUGAUGACGACGACGAAGGUGAUGCUGACGAGAGUCAAGGAGGGGAAAACUUGUUUGAGCAAGCAGCAGCGGCUGCUGCACAAGAACAGGGUGGCGCUGGAGGUCCUGGCGUUGCAGGUAGUGGGGCAGGAGGAGCAAACACUGGAGCUAGUCUUGGUGGUGGAGAAGACCAACAAAUGCAAUUAUUAAGAGCUGCAUUACAAUCAAACCCAGAAUUGAUACAACCAUUAUUAGAGCAAUUGGCAGCUUCCAAUCCUCAAAUUGCCAAUUUGAUACAGCAAGAUCCCGAAACAUUUAUUAGAACAUUUUUAGGCGCCGGGGGUGAAGAUUUAGGAUUUGAAAUUGAAGGAGAAGAAGGCGUUGUUGGUGAAGGUGGCGAAGGAGCAGAUCCUGAAGGUACUGUACGUAUACAAUUAUCUGAACAAGAUCAAAAUGCCAUUAAUAGGUUAUGUGAGUUGGGAUUUGAGCGUGAUUUGGUAAUACAAGUGUAUUUGGCUUGUGAUAAAAAUGAGGAGGUUGCUGCUGACAUAUUGUUUAGAGAUAUGUAG